CAGGAAGAAAGUCCAUCUAUAGUGGCAAGAAAAUGGAGAAGAAAAUGAGGGGUUUGUCUGCAUUGGCUUUUGGGUUCGUGAUUUUGAUCUUGAGUGCAUGCCAUUCAGAGGCCAUGACAUGCCCCGAGGCCCUAGUGAUUUUGCUGCCAUGCAAGCCGUUCUUGGAGGGUGCUCUCCCUGACUCGCCCGGCUUUCUCUGUUGUCUAGGUGUUCAAAAACUUACCCAAGAGGCUUCCACCACUGAAACACGUAGGGCUAUUUGUCAAUGUUUGAAGAAUGCUACACUGGGAUUUCAUAUUAAUCUCGACAGAGCUAAACAGAUUCCUCAACUUUGCCAUAUCAAUGACCCUAUACCAAUUGACCCUAAUGUGGACUGCAACACACUUCCAUGAUCCUACAAGACGUUUUAGAUGCUAAUAAAUUCAGUAAUAUGUAGCAAAUCUUGUUUUUGGCCAUUUUAUGUAUGCGUGAAUAAAAUCAUGAGUAUGAAUCAAAAGGUUUUCCAGUU